AUGCCCAGGAGACCCGUCAGCCUGCAGAGCGGUGACAGCGCAAAUCUGCGACCCGAGCCAAGGCUUCUCAAGGCCGUCGAGCAGAAUGAUGUGUCCAAGGUCAGAGAAGUGAUAGAAGACGCCCAGCAUGAACGGCAUUUUGGGCGGAACUUGCUCUCUGUCGGACUUGUCCGUGCCUGCGACAAAGGUCAUGUCGAAGUUGCUAGAUACUUGCUGACCCGCGGCGCCGAUCCGGAAUAUGUGUCCGGCAAUAAACCGCCAGCAAUUCUGCGUGCGGCAGAGCGUGGCCAAACAGAGCUGGUCGAAGUUUUAAUCGAUCAUAGGGCUAAUAUGGAGGCCAUGGACAAGAAGGGUCGGACUGCUUUGAUGACUGCAGCUUGGAAAGGGCAUAAAGCUAUUGUCGAGCUUUUGAUCACGCGCGGCGCCCAUGUCGACACCGUGGACCUGCGGCGUAGAAAUGUGCUGCAUAACAUCGCAGCGGAUCAAGGCGAGAAGCGCCACUUUACAAAUCCAUCACAGAGGCCAAAGCGGAAAUGCGGGAUGGAUAUUGUGCAGUACCUUCUCCAGGCAGGAGUUAAUGUUGAAGCCGAAGACGAACUAGGCAGAACAUCGGUUCACUGGGCAUGUGUGACGGACAAUGAAGAGCUACUCAAGAUUUUGCUCACGACACGAUUCGGCGGAGCAUCUCCGCAAGCGCGAGUCAAUGCCACAGAUAUGCGCAUGAAGAGUCCAUUACAGUUGGCCGUUUCGAACAACCGCGAAAAUCUUGUCAGCGUGUUGAUUGAGCAUGGAGCUGACGUUCAUUCCAAAUCGGAUGGAGACUGGACGGCGCUGCACAAUGCAUGCCAGUCAGCUAGUGGCGCAGUGGUCCAUAUGCUUAUAGUGGCUGGCGCAGAUGUGAAUGGCGAACUCUUGAACGGCAGAACACCUCUUCAUGUCGCGGCGGAGUUUGGCAGCGUAGAUGCUGCGGAAUGUUUACUCGAGACCCACGGGAUCAAGAGAUCCGUAAAAGAUCGCUUUGGAAACACUCCUCUCCUGAUCGCGGCGCAAAAGUCGAAGACGAAGAUUGUAGAGAUGCUCGCGCCAUGGAAUCACAUUCACGAUCUUUCACCGGAUGAGAUCGCAGCCUGCAAGCAGUUCAAUGCUACUAUAGUCGACUUUGGGAACUUCAAAAACGAAAACAGAGUGCAAAGACGAUCUGUGUACGAAUUGCUGUAUGCGCGAGACGUUAAAGAUGCUACCAAGCACUCCAUCAGCACGCUGCCCUCCAAUAUCAAAGCUACCCACUUCAGGUGGAUUCAUCUACCUGUCAACAAUAUUGCCUGGUGCGAUGCGCUGCUCACAAAGCGUUUCAUCGAAGAAGGCGCUGCGGACGUAGAAGGAUACAAGUCGCUCGAGACUGCUUUCAACCACCAGCAUCGAGGUCAACAGCACCAUUCGCGGUUUAUGAGACCGAUGUGUCAGAUUGUGCAUCGCACAGAAGCUGAUUUGGAGGAGCUUGGUCCGCCUGCAGUCAUCGUUGAAGAGCCAGGCUCACUGUCACCUAUUCCUGGUACACCAACCAGGAGUAAAAGUGGUGACAAAUUAGCCAAGCUCGCGACAGAGGACUCAAAUGCUCCCGCUGCUGCAGAGCCGCCAAAGUCGAAGAGCAAAUCGGCAAGACCUCAGCGGCAAAGUACUACAGACACAAGUUCAACAAUGGCAGCUUCUGAUGCAUCCAUCACCAGCAAGCAAAAUGUUCAACCUGGAAAGCCACCAGUAAAACGUCAGGAAACAGACUCGACGGUUGCUACCUCUGCAACGAAUGCUAGCAAGAAGGCGGCAAAAUCAGGGAAUGCAGGCGGCAAAACAAUGAAGGAAUCGCGCAAACCACCAGGUCGCCAGUCUUCCAAGAAUACCUUGGACAAAGGUGCUGCCUCACCUUCGAAGCGACUUCAACACUCUCGUAGCAUCUUCAUGUUCAUGCCCUAUCUUCACUUCGAGACAGAUCGACGACGACGAGAAAUGCAGCUGGCCAUGGAGAAUCCACAAAAGCUGGCAAUAUCGGGAGUUGCAGAUGAAGUCCUACUUCGUGCCCAUCUGAGCAAGAGCGCCUCUUUCCUGCAUGUGCGACGCACGUUGGACCAGUUCUUUUACCACAAUAUCGACACCACAUAUCGCGAUUGUGACCAAGUCGUCUAUCGAUUCCAGGAAAAGCACUACAAGAACCUUGAAGGCGGACCUAAGAUCUUUAUGGUUGAUCAAUUGUGGAUGUGGAUCCUGGGCAAGGACUUGGUUGUUACUAGCUUCCCUCAAAGAUGGCGUCAACCACGUAAUGAUCCUCUGAAUGUACUGGAGGGCAUUAUCGAAGAUAUCAAUUCGAAAACCAGAGAACCUGUUCAGGAUGUGUAUGAGCUCGCCAUGACUAUCGCUGGACGCUGUUUCGGGACAUUCGACAGGCAUCGCAAAGGUGACGACGAUUUCCAAUUUCUCGAUAUGUUCGAGAGCAGCAUCGGAGCUGCGAUGGACAAUGAAGCAUCGCUAUUUCAAGGCUUCUCAAAGGCCAGCAGACAGGCCUCUGAAUGGUUGAGGAGCCACGAAAAGCGUGGUCGCUUCUCGAAGCAGUUGGAAGCAGACUCCAAAGCAUACGAACAUGCAGCGAAGAGACAUCCUGAUCGACAGGAGUUAGACGAGUCUCAGAAGAAUGACCCAGCAUUCAUCAACCAGCUGCUCGACGUUGGUGCAGAAACCGACUUGCUCGCUGAGAUCAAGGAUAUUCGAGAUGAGCUCGACAUCAUUCGGAUGGUGCUCGAUCAUCAAAAACAUCUUCUUCCGGAGCUGAAGGAAGCAGUCAAAGCUGUUUACCAUAUGGAGCGAUCUCACGCAAGGGUGCGUAGAGCCGAGAAAGCCUUUGACGAUCAGGAGAAGACUAUAACAAAUCCCAUCAAAGACAUCAAUCGUAUGGAGAUUCAAGCCAAUCGUGUGUACGAGAGCAUCGUGUCUUUGCUUGACCUUAAACAGAAACACGCCAACGCCUUCGAGGCGCGGUUCGCUCGCGAUCAAGCCGCUGGUACACAACGUCAAGGACAGACCAUCAUGGUGUUUACAAUCGUUACAAUCGUCUUUCUGCCACUUUCCUUCAUCACGGCUUUUUUUGCAGUCAACAUCGAGGAGUUUCCCCAUCCGGGAGGGGCUGGAUCGAGUGCCGAGAUACCACUGUCCUACGCAUCUUCUUACAUCUUCGGCAUUGGACUAGCAAUAUCUGUGCCGGCCAUCGCUGUUGCUCUCAAUGUGGGUCGGAUCAACAAUAUCGGGUGGCGCCUACGAACGUGGUGGAAGAGAAACAGGGCAAAUAAUGGCGAGGCCGAAAAGGGCGCCGAGACUCGGCAAAUAGAGGAGACUCUAUCGAUGGCCAAGAGUCUAAGAAGAAGCGUGGAAUUUUAUGCAACCAGCAAUGGAAAAGUUCUCAGCCCGCCUCCCAGGAGAAGCGAGGAGGGAGUGUAUGCGCGACGAGUGAGCAGACAAGAGAGACAUUUGGAACAAGAUCUGGAACGUGGAAGAAGGAAUGCCAGGACUGACCCAUUUUGAUGAGAAAUUGAUGCAUGACAGGAUAUACGACAGACAGUACAUUGUGAUUGGGAAAGCGGUCCAAAGUGUAACACAACAACGACAG